AUGGCUACUGAAGAAGCGACAUUCCGGAACUAUACCCAAGCACAGGGUGAAUCCUACGCCACCGGGCGCCCUGGCUAUUCUCCAGAGCUCUUCGAAAUCAUCCUCAACCAUCACACCUCUACUGGUGGCCGCCGUGAUACCGUACUAGACGUCGGCUGCGGGACUGGUCAAGCUAAAAGGGACCUAGCUCCCUUUUUCAAAAAUGCCAUCGGCAUAGAUCCAUCGGAGGGCAUGAUCACCUCUGCGCGCGAGACCAUAAAGUCAUCGGCUUUGUCUAUACGUUUCGACGCUGGAGGUACUGUUGCUCUCUGGGCGAGAACUGGCAUGUCUGUGGACCCAGCCAAGACACUCAAUGGCGCUGCUAUCAAAGCUGCGGUAGAGGAAAUACUCAACAGCGAACUACACCAGUAUUACAAGCAAGGCAACACACUGACGCGCGAUCUCUACGUAGAUUUACCACUACCUUGGACAAUUAAAACUCCUGUGACAGGGUUUGACAAAAGCGGUUUCAUCCGCAAGGAGUGGAGCCAUAACACAGAAACCUCGGAAACUGAGGCUCUCGGCACUGGGAAAACUCUGACACCUGAGGAGUUUGAGAAACUGAUGGGUACAAGCAGUCCGGUGGCAAGGUGGAGGGAAGCGAACCCUGACAAGGCCGGGACAGAAGAGGAUGUAGCUCGCAAGGUACGAAGGCGAAUCGAGAGUCUUUUGCAUGAAGUCGGCGUCGAGCCUGGCGAGGAGUUGUUGAGAGGUCGGACGGAGUUUGUGCUCCUCAUGGUAAGGAAGAAAGGAGAAGAAAGAACUUAG